UCUUCGCCCAUCUCUCCAUCUCUCUCUCUCUCUCUCUCUCUCUCUUUCUAAAAAUCUAACAAUCCCUAAAUGCAAGGCCGCCAUCCCCACCCGUCCACCCCCGGCGGCGGGUCCUCCAUUUCCGACGAGUCUCAUGAUCCACCCAACCGAGGCAAAAGGAGGGGUGGCUACAAUUGCGGCCGCUGUGGUCUCCCUAAAAAAGGCCACUCCUGUCAUGCUCCCACCACCACCACACCCUCCGAUUCCAACUCCGUCGUGCCCUCUCCUCUCUCCGCUGUCCGCCCCCAGGCGCCGUCCCACCUCCGGCGGGCGCUUUCCUUUGACAACAUAGACAUCCAGGCGUUGCCGGAAUCUGACGGUGACGGUGACUACAAUGCGCCGGAGGUAGAACCGGUAAUGGGAUCCGGUAGGUUGCCGGUGAGUUGUCUGUGGAAAGUGAUGACGAGGUUGCCGCCGCCGGCGCUGUUGUCGGCGGCGAAGGUGUGUAAGGGGUGGAGGGACACGGCGAAGAGGCUGUGGAGAGCGGCGGAGGAACUCAGGCUUAGGGUUCCGGCGAAGGCUCAGGUUGGAUUCGCCGGAUCGGUGUUGCAGAAGUGUCCUGGUCUUGUUAGACUGUCUCUUAGAAUGGAAAGUGAUGUGGAUGCAACGAUGCUGGCCUGCAUUGCAUUCUCUUGUCCUAAUCUGGAAUCUAUGGAGAUCUUUACGUCUAGUACCUCAUUCAAUCGAAUAACUGGGGAUGAAUUAGGUCGUUUUAUUGCCGAUAGAAGAUGUCUUACAAGCCUCAAGAUGGAAGGUUGUUCUAACCUUAGUGGAUUUAUUCUUUGUUCAUCAAGUCUUUCUACACUUUGGCUUUCAGAGCUUCACUCUCUCUCUAAGAUGGUUUUCAACUGCCCCAAUUUGAAGGAGAUUUCCCUAGACUUUUCUUGCCAAGAAAAUGAUAAUACUGAUCUUACUAACAUGGUGGAUGGUUUGGGAAGGAACUGUCCAAGGCUACAAAACAUACACAUUGCAUCAGUUCGACUUUCGCAUUCUGUUGUGCUUGCUCUUACAGCUUCAAAUUUGAGAGGGUUGCGAAUGCUUUCUCUUGUGCUUGGAUCAGAAAUCACUGAUGCAUCUGUUGCAGCAAUUGCUUCAAGCUACUCAAACCUAGAAUUGCUUGAUCUGAGUGGGUCAAGCAUCAGUGACAGCGGCAUUGGAAUGAUCUGCAAUGUGUUCCCUGAAACACUUACAAGACUUCUUCUCUCACUCUGUCCUAACAUCACUUCAAGUGGAAUCCAAUUUGCUGCAGCUCAACUGCCUCGUCUUGAACUCAUGGACUGUGGAAUGACCAUAUGUGAUCCCAAUUUCCAGAGGCCAACCUUUGAAGAAAGCUGUGACUAUGAGUCACAAAAAACUCCAAGCAGCAAACUACACCUUAUUUACCAGAAGUUAAUUAUCAAACAUGGCAAGCUGAAAAAACUAAGUUUGUGGGGCUGUUCUGGCUUAGAUUCUUUAUAUUUGAACUGCCCAGAACUUAAUGAGCUGAAUCUAAAUUCUUGUAGAAACUUGCAUCCUGAGAGAUUGCUUCUUCAGUGCCCAAAUUUGGGAAGUGUGCAUGCACUUGAUUGCCAAGAUAUGUUGGUUGAAACCAUUCAAAACCAGGUCUCUAGUGAAUCUGCUGCUGUGGAAAACCCUAUUCCUUAUAGGCGAUUAGGUGAUGGAUCCAAGAGGAUUCGGGUCCCACUUUUUCUCAGUCAACAGGAAUCUGAUGAUGACAAAAAGGGAAGGAGGGUAUUCAAAAGACAGUGCACUGUGAUCGUGGAUUAAUGGAAGAUGUGCCUUCGAUGUUUUUAUUUUUGACAUGUAGUAAUUUCUUAUUGUCAUAUGAGAUCCAAAGGGCAUCUGACCUAACAGUCCAAAUGGUCUGUAAGAUUGUAAUUGUUCAGAAUUCUGAAAUAUAGACUUGUUGAUCAGUAGUUCACAACUACAGCCCUUUAUUUUUAAUCAUGGGGGUGAAAAAUCUGAUGAUCAACUUUCUUUUUUAUUAAUUCCACCAGUCAUUAAAUAAAGAAUACAUUUUCACCUUUCAA